GGGUGACAGUCCUAUAUCAGGCCUCUUCCAAGAAAACAGCCAGGAGACUAAAGCUGACUGCAAGCCAUAAAAUUGUAUGGUUGACAGCCUUAUUUGAAGGCUAGCGACAAGAUGGAAAUGGAAGAAACUAAUAGAGUUAAAGUGCAGAAAAAAAUAAGAUCAAAUGAGAAGCCACCAUGCGUGACAGCUGUUGGUGUAGAAACAAAUCCUUUGAAAAAAUUUACCAUCCCUAAAAUAAAGAGGACUGCUGAUAAAGUUUCUUUAACACCCUGCUACACUAAUCAGAGGGAGUAUAGAAGCAUCAAUCAUACUCUGAGCCAGUCUCGUCUCAACACAGGAUGUGACCUGCAGUUGUCGUGGCAGUUUGGUGAGAUAAAACUGGUACACAAUGAAGAUCUGGAAAAAAAAUUUGCUUCAAAGAGGGCCAAGAUGCGUGAAGAAGGGAGGCAAGGCAGAGAACUUGAGGAACAUUUUUGCUUUUUAGUGCUGCCUUGGGAUGAGGCCUCAAAAAUUUACCACAGUGGAAUACAUACCAGUGAGUCUGCCAUGAAGGAAUUAGGAAAUCCCCUCCUUGGAGUUUAUUUAUUCAGACAUGUUGAUGUUGCUUUGAAUUAUGCAAAUAGAUUGAUCAGUGCAGAAAACAUCCUGGUUUUCAAGGUUCUCUUUGGAAAGGUAAAAAAAAUUCAGCCUCCAAUGGGUAGAAAGAAAAUUGCUCUGGAUCCUACACCAAACUUUGAUUGCCAUAUGUCUAGAACUGCUCCUACACUUAAAGAUCCAGUUGAUCUGCAGGCCAUUGGCUCAUCGGUUUACUUCUAUGAAUACAAUAUACACUCAAAACCAGUGGAUAAGCCUAGGCAAUGCCUCCCAUAUGCAGUAGUAACAGUAAGAUUUAUUGGUCAGAAGGUGGAAACAGACCCUCUUAUCUCAUCUGUGAGGUUUCUGUCUAAAGGAUUUCCUAAGUAUUCUGCUCCCUGGCAGCAAGCACCUUUUCAUCCCGGAUAUUGAAACCAGUCCCAUGACAACAUUCUGAAGCGUAACCACUUACCUCAGAAGGCAACAUAAUUUGCAUUUUUCAGAACUAUUACAUCAAAAUUACUCCCUUUUUUUAGGACAUGAAGACAGUUGGAGUUUUCUUAGUGAUUUCUAUGGGUGCAGGAUUGAGGCCUUAGUGAACAGCAAGACUUACCUAACCAGCUUAAAAAAACCCCAAACACACACAUGAAGAGACAAAUGUAACUCCACCUCAGUUACUACUGAGGGCCUUCUGCCUGUGGAACCAGCAUGGUUCUGCAGUACAAAUGGCAGUUUAAACCACUGGAUAAAGUAAUAGCUGUGAAGUGGCUCCAAUAUGGCUUUGGCCAGGAGCAGGAUUCUUUUUCCUCUGCCUACUGGAGAUACCCAGUGUACGGCCCUUUAGCCUCACUGGGUGUUGUGUCUCUGAAUUUGACCCUAAUGUGUUAAGGUUUUGGUUAACUUUUAGUACUGUGAUACGAUGGUGUUUAUUUGACAUCUACUAAAAAAAUGAAAACAGAACUUUUUACAUGUGAUUAUAGAGUUUUUAGCUUUUAAAUACAUUUUUUGAACAAAGGCUCUGCCUCAGGCUGUCAAGGUCUAUAGUCAAUUCUGAAUACUUGGGUGAAAUUCACCCCAGUGCAGUGGGCCAGCACAAGACUUACACACCACUCAUUUCUGAUUUUGCAGAAAAUGUGCAUGGACUUUCUGCUGGCCUGGAACGCAUUUUUUUUUUUUAAACACUGGAAUAGAGAAAUUUGAUUCUUGAAUGUUAUGGUUAGUAUUUUCUAUAAUGGUAGCUGAUACUUUGCUGUAUCUGAUAUGCAAAUAACUGACAAAUCUGGUUCAAUCCAAACAGUUUUUACACUAACAUUAUAUAUGUAUAUUAUUUAUGACAGUGGUUGGAAUACUUUUAGUAUUUUUCUCAAACAGAAGUCUUUUUGUAAUUUUUGUACAUUUUUCUUAGAAAUAUUUCUAAGUAUAUAGGUCUUAUUGAAAAUUUUAAUUUUAAACUUUAACAGCAUUUGUACAGUGCAAGUAUUUGUGUAAACUUAAUAUUUUAUUUGUAUGCUUUAAACAGGUUUUUUUAAAAUGUAGUAAAUAGUAUAGAAAUAACAAGACUGACAGUAUAGUUACAGUCAGGUGUCUAUAACGUGGUAAUUUAGGACAUAGCACAAGCUACAGAAUUAGCAACUCUGUAAGGAAUUAGCUAUUAAUUUACAUUAAAAACAAAUUUUACAGAAAAAUUAAAAUACUUGUGUUGAACUUCUAACUAUGCAGAAUAGUCCAGGGUUUAUGAUGGUCUCUCUUUAAAGAAUCACCAGUAUUUUCUAAAUGUUAUUUGUGUAGUGUAGUUUUUCCAUGAGAACAAGAUAUAAUUAGAGGUGAUUUAAAUUAAUCAAAAUCACAAAGAGAUCUGGGUGAAAUCCUGGCCCCUGUGAAAUCACAGAAAGUUUGCCAUUGAUCUCAGUGGGGCCAGGGUUUCACCCUCUAUUGCAAUCUGAGAUACACUGGAUAGGAACCCAU